AAAAAAAAAAAAAAAAAUCACCCCCCACCCGACCCGACCCAGCCGCUCCGGCCCGCAGCCCCGCCAUGGGCAACGCGGCCGGGGGCAUGGAGGGGGGGGCUGCGGGGCGGGAGAGCCGCGACAACCGGCUCCCCGUGCCCCCCCCGGCCGCCGCCGCCGCCCCGCCGCCCGCCCGGCAGCCCAUGCCCGCCGCCGCCGAGCUGGAGGAGCGCUUCGGCCGUGUCCUGAACUCCAUGAACCUGCCCCCAGACAAGAUGAAGCUGCUCAACCAGUAUGACAAUGAGAAGAAGUGGGAGCUCAUCUGCGACCAGGAACGUUUCCAGGUGAAAAACCCACCGUCUGCCUACAUCCAGAAGCUGAAGAGCUACUUGGACACGGGUGGUGUAAGCAGGAAGGUGAGGGCUCCCCCUUGCACCCCUCGUCCCCAUCCCAGGUCGGGCGCAGGGACGGUGCCAACGGCUUUCCCUGUCCCCCAGUUCAAGAGGCGAGUGCAGGAGUCAACGCAGGUGCUCCGGGAGCUGGAGAUUUCCUUGAGGACCAACUACAUCGGCUGGGUCCAGGAGUUCCUCAACGAGGAGAACAAAGGGCUGGACGUGCUGCUGGAGUAUCUCGCCUUCGCCCAGUGCUCCGUCGCGUAUGACAUGGAGAGCGCCGAGAACGGCAGCCCAGGCUCCGACAAGGGCAAGGGCCUGGAGCGGUCGCUGGAGGACCUGAGCAAAAGCGCUCCUUGUCCCCCCACCCAGGGUUCCUCCAAAGUGCGGCACCUCACCGUCAGGCUGAACCCCUCGCACAGCAGGAAGGCGCUGAGGAACUCCCGCCUCGUCAGCCAGAAGGACGACGUCCACGUCUGCAUCAUGUGUCUCCGCGCCAUCAUGAACUACCAGUCUGGCUUCAGCCUGGUGAUGAACCACCCAGCCUGCGUCAAUGAGAUCACCCUGAGCCUCAACAACAAGAAUGCCAGAACCAAGGCACUGGUGCUGGAGCUGCUGGCCGCUGUCUGCCUGGUCCGAGGUGGCCAUGACAUCAUCCUGGCCGCCUUCGACAACUUCAAGGAGGUCUGCGGGGAGAAGAACCGCUUCGAGAAGCUGAUGGAGUAUUUCCGAAAUGAGGACACCAACAUCGACUUCAUGGUGGCCUGCAUGCAGUUCAUCAACAUCGUGGUGCAUUCGGUGGAGAACAUGAACUUCCGCGUCUUCCUGCAGUACGAGUUCACCCACCUGGGGCUGGACCAGUACCUGGAGAGCCUCCGUCUCACCGAGAGUGACAAGCUGCAGGUGCAGAUCCAAGCCUACCUGGACAAUGUCUUUGACGUGGGGGCCAUGCUGGAGGACUCGGAGACCAAGACGGCCGUGCUGGAGCACAUGGAGGAGCUGCAGGAGCACGUCAGCCAGUUGACAGAGAAGCUGCAGGAUGCGGAGAACGACUCCAUGGCCAAGAUAGCGGAGCUGGAGAAGCAGCUGAGCCAGGCGCGGCGGGAGCUGGAGGCUCUGCGGGAGCAGCUGAGCCCGCCGCGGCCACCCAGCCCGCCGGCCCCGCAGCCCCAGGAGUGCUACCGGCUGGCGCUGGAGCGGCGGCUGGCGGAGCUGGAGGAGAAGGGGUUGGUGCAGAUCCUGCGUGGGCCCGACGGAGACGUUGCCAUCGAAAUCUUCCCCGUCGUCAUAGAAACCCCGGCAGCCCCCGUGGUUACCGGAGAGGCCACUGCCACCAGCACCGCCACCGGCACAGAUGCUCCAGCUCCAGCUCCAGCCCCAUCUCCCCCACCAGCACCCGACACCCCCCCACCUCCUCCCCCUCCACCCCCCCCCCCGCUGCUGGGGGCUGAGCCCGGCCCCCCGCCGCCCCCCGCCCCCCCACUGCCUGCAAGCACUGGCCCCCCCCCAGCCCCUCCACUCCCGGGCGCCCAAGUGCCACCCCCACCCCCACCACUCCCAGGGGGGCUGGAGGGCCCUGUCCCCCCCCCUCCACCACCCCCACCCCUCGGUGGGGAGCUCCCAGCUGGGCCAGGUGCCCCCCCCACUGCUGGCAGUUCAGUGAAGGUGAAGAAGCCGAUCCAGACCAAGUUUCGCAUGCCUGUCUUCAACUGGGUGGCACUAAAGCCGAGCCAGAUCGAUGGCACCGUCUUCACUGAGCUCAAUGACGAGAAGGUGCUGCAGGAGCUGGACAUGAAUGACUUUGAGGAGCAGUUCAAGACUAAGGCGCAGGGCCCCGGCUUGGACAUCAGUGCUCUCAAGACGAAGGCCACGCAGAAGGCUCCCAGCAAGGUCACCCUCAUGGAGUCCAACCGUGCCAAGAACCUGGCCAUCACCCUCCGCAAGGGCGGCCGCAGCAUCCAGGACAUCUGCACAGCCAUCGAGACGUAUGACCAGCAAGCUCUGAGCCUUGACUUUCUGGAGCUGCUGCUGCGCUUCCUCCCCACCGAGUACGAGCGGACGCUCAUCGGGAAGUUCGAGCGGGAGCAGCAGCCGCCGGAGGAGCUCUCAGACGAGGACCAGUUCAUGAUCCGCUUCAGCAAGAUCCCGCGCCUGGCCGAGCGCAUGAACGUCAUGAUCUUCCUGGGCAACUUCAAUGACACGGCCCAGCUGCUCAUGCCGCAACUCAACGCCAUCAUCGCCGCCUCCAUGUCCCUCAAGUCCUCCAGCAAACUGCGCAACAUCCUCGAGAUUGUCCUGGCCUUUGGGAACUACAUGAACAGCAGCAAGCGCGGAGCAGCCUAUGGCUUUCGGCUGCAGAGCCUGGACGCGCUCCUGGAGAUGAAGUCGACGGACCGCAAGCAAACGCUGCUGCAUUACCUGGUGCGGGUGGUCACGGAGAAGUACCCCGAGCUGACCGGCUUCCACACUGAGCUGCACUUCCUCGACAAGGCAGGCACAGUCUCCCUGGACAGCGUGCUGCAGGACGUGCGGAGCCUGCAGCAGGGGAUGGAGCUGACCCGCAAGGAGUUCAUGCGGCAGGAUGACAGCCCUGUGCUCAAGGACUUCCUCAAGGUCAACUCGGAGGUGAUGGAGAAGCUGCAGGCUGACAGCAAAACCGCCAAGGAGGCAUAUGAGUCAGCUGUGGAGUACUUCGGGGAGAACCCCAAGACCAGUCCCCCCACCACCUUCUUCCCCAUGUUCAUGCGCUUCAUCAGAGCCUACAAGAAAGCAGAGCAGGACAUCGAACUGUGGAAGAAACAAGAGGCUGCAGCCAAAGAGGCAGAAUCUGGCUCCCCUGGCAGCGAGGACCAGCCUGAGGUGAAGUUGCCCAUCCAGAAAGCGAGGCGGCAGCAGAUGGACAUGAUCGCUGAGCUGAAGAAGAAGCAGAUGGUGAAGGAGCCACUCAUCUAUGAAGGAAAAGACGGGGCCAUCGAGGACAUUAUUUCAGAUCUGCGGAACAACCCUUAUCGGCGCGCAGACAAGGGCCGCGGCAGCGCCAAGAAACGGGCUGCGGGGCAGAGCCUGCAGGCGAUGCCGGACAUCUCGCUGUGACCGGCACCGUCCCUGCAGCUGCCAGGACCGGGACAGGACCAUCCUCCUGAUGCAGAUGGGAUCGCAGGACGUCAACCCGUUGGCCUGGGAUGACACGGGGCAGAGGGACAGUGCCCGCUCCUAGCUGCUCCAGCCGCUUAGCGUGCCAGCUCCCACCCCGCAUGCCCUUGGGUCUGGCGCAGGGAUCCCCCGGUGCUUGCUUAGCAAUGCCUUUGAGCUCCUCUCCUCCAGGCUGGCAGGGCUGGGAGACCCUCCUGGGGACGGACAGGGAGGGGGGAGCACAGAAAGGGCCCCAACUUGUCCUGGAAGGAAAAGAGGAGCUGCCCCAUCCCUACCCCAGAGCUACUCCAUCGCACACCCAUCUCAGGGUCAGCCCUGCGCACUGGUGUGCCCCACUCUUCAGCUUGCUGGUGCCUUUGAUUUCCCGCUGCAGGAGGGGAGGAGGGUUGUAAGCCAGGGACGCAGCAGUCCCUGCACAUCCCCCCUACCUCCCCCAGCCCUUUGAGACCUGUGUUCUCCUCCACUGCAGAGCCGAGCAGGCAUGGGCUGCACCUACUCUCCAGCGAGGAGCCUGCUGCAAAGAUCCCACCCUGGGCACUUCCCAUACCCCAGGAGCUGGCAGGGGUGCUAUUUUACAGUGAUUUUCUAUGUCUUCCUUAAAAUUUCUCUGUGCUAUGGGAGCAGGGACUGGAGCACCUAUAUCGAGGGUCUCACUAGGAUCCUAAGGCUGCGAUGAGCCUGUUCCUCACCGCAGGGGAGGCUCUAUAGCUAUGACCAUCAGCAGCAGGGUCAAGGAUUUACUAUCCUCAAGUCUCUGUGAGGUGAUACCUAGCUCUGCCCUCCUGCAUCCCUGGCAUCCACCUCUGCUGUCGGGGCUGGAGCCUCCUGGAGGUAACAGUGACCAUCAGCCCUCGGGGAGCACGAGGCUGCUCCCCAUUAGGCAGCAGUUGCAGGAUGCGACAUGCAGCAGGUGCUGGGCAGCCUCCAGCCCCUGCAGCAAACACCACGAUCCCAGAAUGCUGCAGGGUCACAGCUGAAAUCACGCAGGAGAGAGGCCAGAGAGCUGCACAAGCCUCCAGAUAACGCACUGGACUUGAUUCCUCCCCUGCCCUGCUGCUGAUCAGUAAAGCCAAACCACGCACUAUCACAAUUAACCUCUUAAUGCAUUUACUUCGUUAAACGGCCCCUGCUUGCCCUGCUGCGAGGAUGCGUGGCUGCCGUGUACAUUCUCGCUAGUCCCAGCUUUUAGACCAGGGUAAGUAAGUCCUCGCUGUAAGCCAGAGCAGCGACUGCUUCCUGCUGUAAUUAAGAUGCUAAGCACCAACCGGCUCAGUAUCACACACAAGCUCAAAGGGGAGGGAAGGGAAAUGAAUGCGUAACUUAUAAAUGCCUUUAAGCCAGAAAUGUAAAACAUUAACUGCUAAUUUGUAUACAUUAUUUUUAUAUACUGAAGGCCUGUUUAAUCUAAAGCAGAACUAGUAAUAAAAUGACUCUAAGGAUAAAGCA